AUGAAAAGACACAUAGGCGCUUUCUGGACGCUCCUCUCGAGCUACCUCCCUCUGACUGCUGCGACAGCAUGUUACGCACCCGAUGGAUCCCUCAUUGCCAACUCCAUAUACCAGCCGUGCAUUUCCAUACCUGGCGUCCAUUCAAUGUGCUGCAGGCUCAACAGUGUCGACCCGGAUAAAUGUGAUCCAACGGGCCUUUGUCUGACAAGCGGAGGGGGAUAUUAUCGGGAAUUUUGCACCGAUCAGUCUUGGAACUCGACGAAUUGUUUGCCUAAAGAUAUCUGCAGUGAUCAGAACGGCGGCAACUCGGACAGGACCUACCAACUGACCUCCUGUGGAGAGGGACUUUGGUGUUGUGGUAGUUCUACCUCUUGCUGCAAUACACACGAGACAUUCACCCUGAGUCCGACACUGCUCAAUUUUGAUUUAGAUCCUUCUUCUAGCCUAUCCGCUACCGCUGCUCCUACAACAACGGUAACUGUUGUCCCGACAGAAGGUAGUAGCAGCAACAAGGGCGAGCCCCAGAUGUUGACGAAGGUGGCAAUUGGAGUCGGGGUGGGUGUCCCGUUGGCAUGCAUUGCGGUAGGAAUGCUCGGUGUUGGAUGUCUCCUGGGCAGAAGAAGCACGCAGAAGGCCCUGUCGCCGGCGAAACCUAGACAUCGUGUAAUGAGUAUCCCGCUGGAGAAGCCUAAAGGGGAGAUAGGGUGUUCACAUUGGUCUGAUGAUGCUGCGAGUACGUCCAAGUGCUUGGAAAUUGUACGUAGCAGCUGA